CAAGCCAGGGGCCAGGGCUGAGCGUCGCCGAGGGGGGGCUCUGGCACGCUGAGAACCGACCUGCACCAGGCCACCGGCACCCCCAGCCCCGCUCCGUCUCCUACAGCUCAGCGGAGGUCCCCGGGGGCAGCAAGCAGCAAGCGCCGAGCGGGGUCCCCGAGCUUGGGGACACCUUCGGUCAGGCCAGGACGUGCUGUUAGGGCAUUCGCUUCCCAGCCUGCUGCCGGCUGGAGACGAGCCUCCCCUCUCCCCCUUCCUCGCUGUGCUGGUGGUGGUCCCCCUGUCCAUCCAGCAUUUGUCCUGCUCCCGCUCGCUGGUCCUGGUUCACUCGUGUCAGACAAAACCACUCCGCACUCGCACACGGACUCAGCCCACCUCAAACGCCCCUGGGACGGGCUCGUCUGGCUGCUCCGGGGUGGCUCUUUACGGGGCUUCCUUUACUGCCUGCUUUCUCCAGAGACCAAACCUGGCCCUAAACCUGGUUCCCCAGUCUGUUGCCUCCCUCGUGCCCCCAAAUGUCGCCGCUACUGAGACAGGCACUCUCAGCCCUUGAUGGACUCUAGCCCCUCUCGUGGUUUAGCUCCACGUGGAUGCGUUCAGUGGCCACGUGCCGGCUGCCAGCACACCACCACCUUGUGCCACUGUGUCACCAAGCUCUCCCACGCGGCCAGGCACGCCCAUUGCUCAAGGCUGUGGCAUCACCGCUGGUGUGGGGCUGCUUUUGCUCUCAUGACCUGUUGACUGUGGUCUUCUUUGCUACUGAUCCCAAUGGCCCCAAGAGCUGUUUUCCCUGGCACAACGAGGCAGAAAAAACAGAGGUGAGGCAACCACAGAAGCCCUCAUGAGCACGUGUGGGAGCCCCUUCGAACCCCUCCGCGUGAACAAAGUGUCCCCUGGCCUGGGCUGGCAGCAGCGAGAGCCCAAGGGCUGUCCAGGGUCUGCCUUAAGGCUCCUUGUUCUCAUCCCCAAAUUUUCAGGAACUGCUGCAGCCCUGAGGAAGGGCUUUUCCAACACCUCCCUGCCACGGUUACCCAAAGCUGAUCCACCCCGGGCCUCUCUCCUCCAGCGGAACAGAACGUCUCCUACCAGCAAACCUUUCUCCCAGCACCGAUCCCAUCUGUUCUCGGGUAAGCCAAGCGCACUGAGAACCUCUUCGCUUUCUCAUCGCCACGAGGGGCUUCCAAGCUGGGAACCACGCGCUGCUGCUGCCAGGCACCCACUCACCAGGAACGCAGAGAGCACCGUCAGGAUUAGCAAGGCAAGCAAUCCAGCUCCUCCGCCGGGCAUCCCAGGCAGCUUUGGGAAGAGCUGGCCAUCGGUACGCGGCACUAGCAAAGAUGGGGAUGGAGGGGAGAGGGGGGAGGAAGCAAGAGAGCCCCAACACCGCUAGCACUGGGUCAGCAAGCUCCUGGCAGGGCUCUGCCACGCCAGGCACUGUUCCUUUUGCCAGGGCACACAAGCCAGGGAGCAUUGCCGGGGCAGGGGAGCAGGGUCGUGGUGCGGGGGCAGCAGGAUCCCUCUGGGAGGUAAGCUCUGGGGUCGGGGCUGGAGGAUGGAGCCACGUUUCCCCAGCUGUAGCGGUGCAGGCUGACUGCAGACCAAUGCCAGAACCGAGUGCUGCUGCACUCCGGGUUAAAAAUAGCCUCCUUUCUCUCCCCGCUCCCUCUUCUGCAGCGUUAUUUUUAACCCAGAACGCUGAUGGGGCUUGGUUUACUGCAGAGCACCCACCUCACUGCACCCACCAGGAUGAGAGCACUGAGAACAAGCAGCAGCUCCACCACCGAGUCCCUCUGCUGCAUGGAGGCAGAGGACCCGGGCAGGAUUUGGCCGCAUGUGAAGCUCAGCACCGAAGGGCACAGCGGGGUAUUUUUCUGGGUAACGUAAACAGCUGUUGAGGAAAGCCCAACCUCAAAUGCUCCACGGCAGCCCCGCCACGAGGCUGCAGGGCUAGGGUUGGAAGCAACCCCGGGUUGGAGGCCGGGGAGGUGAAUAGCAGCGUUGGGUCCCUCAGUGAGGUGCCCCCUGCCUCCCAUGCGGCAGCACGCCCCCUUGCACGCACACAGACACCAAGCACCCAUGCCUGAUCCAGCAGCGUCUCGCCCCACCACCCCGGGGCUGAGCGACGCUGCCCUACGGAGCAUGGAAAGAAGCACAGGGCAGCGGUUCUGGUCUGUCUGCCUUUAAUCAGAGGUACAGUCGUUACAGCACCAGGUCCGGGACACGGCAGAGCGCAGAGCCAGGUGGUGCUGAGGCCUGAACUGGGGGCUCCCCACGCUCCGAGGAGCACGGAGCAGCGGUGGGAGGGAGAGGCAGGGAUGGUGCAGCCCUACAGCGCUCAGCCCUGGCCUCCAGCCCCCGUGGUCCCGAGGACAAGCCCCCUUUCAGCAAGCACAAGCUCCCGGGAGGGCGGUACGCACGCGCCCCGAGGCCUCUGCACCACCACCGCGGGAAAGCCAGGCCCAGACAGACACAAGCAGGUUUAUUAUCGCAGCCUGCCAGGUGACUAGCAUGAAACUACCUAGCUAAAUAAAUAAAGGGGCGAGGGGGGGAUUCCUGCGCUGGCCUCUAGGCUCUGCCCUGCUGCCUGCAGCCUCCCCAGGCUCCUCUCUCUCCCUGCAGGAGGGCAGGGAGGCUCGCCUCUGACAGCAGGUGGGAUGGGGGCGUGCACCCAAGGGCCUGGGGCUCACGGCAGUGGGGGGCUGCUCUUGGGAAAAGGGCCUUUUCCCAGCGGGGACCAGCAGCACCUGGGGCACUGAGCCAUCCCCACACCAGCCCAGGGUCAGCACUGCCUCCCCGGCAGUAAGACAUUUACGGUCUUCCCGUCCACGUGGCUAAGGACAGCGAGUCACAGCCCCAAGGACCGUGCCUUGCAAGCCAGGUCCCGCGUUUCAGAACUCUUCCUCCUUCCCAGGAAAGCCUUCUCUUCCUGUGGAAACCUCCCUCCACCUCACCUGUCCCUCGUGCUUGGAACACCCCAAGCCCCAGCUCCUCCUUCCCUCACACCCUUCCUUGCACCUCCUUUUUCUCCCUGCUGUGUUUCACAUGAGCCCAUUCUGUACCUCAGCCACUUGUACCUGCUUGGAGAGCAGCUCUGCUCUCCUCCUACCCAUCCCUCUGCCUCCAAAGGAACAGAGAACAGCUUCACCCUCACCUCUCCCUCCCUCAGCAGCCACAUGCGGGGACCCUGGAGCCACAGGACGCUUUCUCUUACUGCCACCACGCCAGCUCAGCUACAGCAUCGGCUUAGGAGCCAGCAGCCAAAGGGCCCUUGGCUGUCACCCCGUACCUGGGAUGUACAGUAGGGACAUCCAUGCCCCUGCCGAGAGCCCCCCAUGCUGGCUCUGGGCUGCAGAGCACGGCGGGGAGGAGGAGAGCACGGCGGGGACUGCCCUGUGCUGCAGGGAGAGCCCAGCCUGCCGGCGGCCAGCGCAGGUUUGCUACGGGGCGCUAACAUCAGCUAAGCCUACGGGGGGAGAAAGCAAGCGGGCACACAACGGGCCUGCCAAGGCCAGGCCUCUGUGUCCCGAAACAGCCCCCCUACAUCUUCGUGCCCCCCAUCCCGGCCUCUGCAGAGGGGGAGGGAACAAGCUAGGAGGGCUGAGGCUGUCUAAGGACGGUGGAGUCGGCACGCCCGGAGUGAAGACCGUCCCCUGCGGUCCCCAGGGGUGUGCAAGGGCGGGCUUGGGGUGGGGGCACGCAAGGGGACGGCGGCCCGUCGCCCUGGCCAGGGGGAGCAGGCAACUCCACGCAGAUAGAUCCUUCCUGCUCUUGCUGGCCACGGGGCUGGAGCGGGGCCCCGCGCGGCCGGGCACUCCUCUCUGCAGGCGCUGCGGUGCCCUCGCGCGCCGGGAGGGUUGGGGGGCUGGCGCGGAGCUCUUGCCGAGGAAGGAGGGAUGGUGUGGAGGAAAAGUCGGAAGGUACAACACAAACAUCCAGGUGAUUGCGGUGGAGGGGAAAGAGGGAGUCUCGGGAGGCAUUUAAGCUUCCUCGCUACCGUCUGUGGCAUUCUCGUACUUGACGCCGCCACCCAGGCUCCGACGUCUCUCUGUGCCGUCACCCUCCUUCAGGAUCUCCACCACCUUCGUCUGGUUGAUUGGGUCGAU